AUGUGUCCUGUUGGGAACGUUGCGGAGAAUGGCUUAAUGUGGCAGACACUCCCACGCUGUGUGGCAGAGGACUUUGAUUGUCCUUUGCCGAGCAUCCUACCGGAAGGUUAUAAAGUGGUGGGCAAGGAAGUGGUAUGCGAAGAGGGCUAUGUUGGCUCCUUUGUGUCACGUCGCUGCGGUCACGACUCUGCCUGUCACAAGGUGCUGGAGCUCACGGGCUGCGUGAAGCCAGUGCCGUGCGCCCCACUGAAGAUUGAGCCUUGCGAGCGCGACAAUUUGGCCUGCUCCAGGCUGGAGACUCCUGUUGGAUCGGAUGCAAGGCUCCUUUCUUCGGUCAAUCGGCAUUGGCCACCUGCCCAGCGGGGAACACAGAUCCAACGACACCGUUGGACUACGAUUUGUCAAGCUGCCUUUGCUCUGAUCCACCGGUGA